AUGUCAAAUUUGAUCAACCGCGUGGGCAGCUCGUCACAAGCGCAGUUUACAGCUACUGCGAUUGUAUCUGGUGCGGUAGUAGCAGGUGCAAUUUUCAGUUACCAGGCAUUGAGGAGGCAAGAGAAAGUGGAGGAUUUAAAGAGCUCGAUACCAAGUUUGGGACGAGACCAUCAUGCUGAUUUGCUUACGGAUAUGGGGAUUGCGCCCAAGGGUACGGGUAUAAGUAGAGAAGAUGAGCGAGGCGCUGCAUUCGCAGAGAGAGCGAGGAGAGGGGAUUAUGACGAUGAACUCAUUCUAGAGCAAUUGGCACGGAACCGAGUCUUCUUGAAAGAUGAUGGACUACAAAAAUUACGCUCAGCAUUUGUGGUUGUGGUUGGUUGUGGAGGUGUUGGAUCGCAUUGUACAGCAGCCCUCGCACGUUCAGGAGUUUCGCAUAUACGACUCAUCGAUUUCGACCAAGUUACGCUCUCAUCUCUUAACCGACAUGCUGUUGCGACACUAGCAGAUGUUGGUACGCCGAAAGUAGGAUGUUUGAAGAAUCGUCUGCAGCAAAUUACGCCAUGGGUAAAUUUCGAUUUGAGGAACGAAUUAUUCCAUGCCAAAGCGGCGGACUCCUUGCUAGCGGAAUGGGAUGGCAGAAGGCCAGAUUAUAUUGUGGAUGCUAUUGAUAACAUUGAUAGCAAGGUGGAAUUGCUGGAAUAUUGUUAUAAAAACAAACUUCCAGUAAUUUCGUCCAUGGGCGCAGGAUGCAAAUCCGAUCCUACCAGAGUUUUUGUCGGAGAUAUUUCUGCCAGUACAGAUGAUCCACUCUCCCGUGCCACUCGAAGAAGACUUCGUUUAUUAGGUAUCACAUCCGGUAUAAACGUGGUAUACUCAACAGAAAAACCUGGACCAGGAAAAGCACAACUAUUACCUUUACCCGAGGAGGAAUUCAAGAAAGGCUCAGUGGGCGAUCUCGGUGUAUUACCCGAUUUUCGCGUGCGGAUAUUGCCAGUUCUAGGCACCAUGCCAGCUGUCUUCGGCUAUGUGGUUGCCAAUCAUUUGAUCCUCCAAAUCACAGGCUAUCCAUGCGAAUACGUUCCAGCCAAAGGUCGAGACAAGAUGUAUGAUGGUAUACUCGCGCAACUGCAAGGGUUUGAAGAAAAACUCGCUCGAACUACCACUGAACAUGAAGAUGCACAAGGCUUGAAAGUCCCAUUGACAUCCGCCGAUGUGGGAUACAUAAUUGAAGAAGUAUAUAAAGGAAAGUCGGCAUUGAGUGGAAUAUCAACGAGACUAGCGUUGACGAGAUGGAGAAAACCCGAAGAGGGCAGUACGCUGGAUACGAGUGUCAAGGGUCAGAAGGCGAGUAAAGUUAGAGCUAGGGAUUUGGUGUGUAUGACGAGAGAGGAGGCAACUAAACACGAAAAUAUGAUUUUUAAGGAAGGGAAGAAAGUAGAAGAGGUGUAUGAUGGUGAGAUUAUAGAGAAGGUAGAGGCGAGGAUUAGAGAGGAGAUCGGCAAAGUGAAGCCAUUCAAUACAACCAACCCUCUCUCUGCAAACCCUAGAGCACACGCACGUACGCCAGAUCCUUACUUUAUGAUUGCGCAAAAGACGAUGCGAAAAAGAAGAUCGAAAUUACUCGUAGAAGCAACUUGA